AUGGCUCACCACCAUCAUCACCACCACCACGUCACGAUCAGCCAGCUGGGCGAAGAAAACGCGAAGCACUUUGACCAUGUUGGCAUAGACAUGUACUCUGAGCCGUGGGUUCGUGUGGUAACGGACCAGAUCUUUGAAGAGAUACGCUCUGAAGCCGGGUGGAUCGGCGUGGGCAAGGAGGAGUCCAAGCUGAGCAGCUCGGUCAAGGUGUUUGACUAUGCAUGCGGCAAUGGAGUCGUAUCUCGAUCCCUGGGACCCUUCGUGUCUAUCACCCGUGGCAUGGACGUCUCCUCAAGCAUGGUAGAGCAGUACAACAUCAAGGCGCGCGAGGACGGCUACACCGAGGCCCAGAUGCACGCCGUCAGGGGCGACCUGGUUGCCGACGCCCAAGCCUUCCCCGACAUGACCGGCUUCGACCUCAUCGUCAUGUCCACGGCGCUGCACCACGUCGAGGACCCCCAGGGUAUGAUCCGCACUCUGGCCGAUAGGAUGGCACCCGGUGGCGCUCUGAUCAUUAUUGACGGGGUCGCUCCAUCCGAGGGGGGCGGUGCUAGGGUAGGGGACCACCCGGCUCGCAAGGUGGUGACGCGGCAGGGCUUCGAGAGGCACGAGCUCGAGGGGUGGUUUGGGAAUGCCGGGCUGGAAGAGGUCGAAUGGAAACUGUUCUCUAAGUCGACACAGGUUCCAGAGACGAUGGGGGGGCUGUCACGCAUGUUCUUCGCCAGGGGAGUCAAGGCCAGCAACUAG